AAAGAGCGGCUGAGCAAAACGUCCUUGAAGGCUGGUGACCUCCUGCGUUUCUUCAAGCACCCAAUGGCAGAGACCAGAGUUGCCGUGCGGUCAGCGGAGUACAUGGAAAACGCACUGCGCCUCAUUCAGCAACACGUCCAUCGAGUUCACAAACGCUCACUGAAUGCAACAGAUCUGUUAACACCAAGUGACCUGGAUGUUAUUGCACGUGUCACAGGCUGUCUAGCUGUAUGUCAGCCCCCACUCUGUAAAGACGACUGUUUUACAGACCGAUACAGGACCUUCACCUCUGUGUGCAACAACAGGACAAUGUUAAACCCAACAAUGUUCACAGGAGAUGUACGUGUCAAUGAACACAAUGAACAACUGGGGGUGUUAACCUUUCACAUGGUAUUUCUACGGAAACACAAUUGUUUAGCGAGAGAAUUGAAGAAGUUGAACCCACACUGGAGUGGGGAUACAACCUGUCAGGAAGUGAGAAAAACCCUGGGAGCUUUUCCACAGAUAAUAAACCACAGAGACUUUGCUUCCCUGAUAAUUGGAAACGGGGCAACACAGAAAUUUCUCCCACCUUAUGAAGACUAUAAUGAAUUUAUCAAUCCUGGUGUUGCUAAUAUUGUCUCAACAGCAGCUUUCCGUUUCAGACAUCUCAGCAUUCAGCCAAAGAUAUUCUGUCUCAAUGAAAACUUCCAGGAACACCCACAAUUCAAAAUCAUUGAUCUGGAAACUGAUCAGGGAAGCAAGUUCAGAAGCUUGUCACUUGCUCCCAGUGGAGUCGAUCCCCUCAUGUGGGGAUUGUUGGGCAAACCAGCCAAACUGCAGAAACAGGACAAGAUGUUACCAGACAAACUGCGGGAGAAACUGUUUGAACUGACCGCUCAUUUAGGCGUGGACCUAGGGGCCCUGAACAUGCAGUGUUCCCGGGAUCAUGGGAUCCCAGGUUACAAUGCUUGGCGGAGAUUCUGUAGCCUUUCAGCUCCCAAGGAUCAGCGUGAGCUUGCUCAGGUCCUCCACAAUUUUGAUUUAGCAAAGAAAGUCAUCAGCUUGUAUAGAACUCCAGAAAAUAUCGGCGUGUGGUUGGGGGCAGUCUCUGAACCCUUCGUAAAAGGUGGCAAAGUGGGCCCUUUUUUGGUCUGUUUAAUAGGACAACAAUUCAAGAACCUGAGAGAUGGAAACAGGUAA